AUGACAGGAAAAUAUCAAGGAGUUCAAUCCCGAAUCUUAAAUAUAAAUCCUCGAGCAUUUUUUACUCCUUGCGCUGCCCAUAAUUUAAAUUUAGUCCUGUGUGAUGCUGCUAAAAAUUCAACUAUAGCCAUUACAUUUUUUGGUAUAAUUCGACGUGUUUAUACAUUAUUUUCGGCAUCAACAUAUCGAUGGAGUAUUAUUAAAAAACAUUGUACAAUAUUCACGGUUAAACAAUGGUCAGAAACGAGGUGGGAGAGCCGUAUAAAUAGCGUAAAAGCUUUACGUUUUCAACUCUCAAGUAUUUUAAAUGCUUUAGAAGAAGUUUCUGAGACAGUUAAUGAUUUGAUGGCCCAAAGUGAGGCUGUUUCACUAUCAAAUGAAAUCGGUAAUUAUGAAUUUAUAUUGAGUCUUGUGAUUUGGUAUGAUAUUUUAACAGAAGUAAAUAUUGUGAGUAAAAGUUUACAAGAUCAUAAUACGGAUAUAAAUACUUCGGUAAAAAUGGUUCAAAGUCUUAUACAGUUUUUGCAUCAAUAUAGAGAAAAUGGGUUUAAUUUUGCGAAAAUUGCUGCUAAAAAAUUAGCCGAAGAUGCCGAUAUUGCAGUUGCUUUCAAAAAUCCAAGAGUAAGAAAAAAGACGAAAUUAUUCGAUUAUGAAAAUGUCGACGAACCUGUGUUAAAUAAUGAAGAUCGGUUUCGUACAAAUUAUUUUUUCAUCGUUCUUGACCAUGCAAUACAGUCGAUUGAGAAAGGCUUUAAUCAGUUGAAGACUUAUUUGGACAAUUUUGGAUUUUACAUCGCAUUGGCAAGUUGA